AUGCUAAGUUCAUCUACUAGAUUUCUGUUACAAUUCAUUUUUACUGCUCAUUGUAUAGUUAAUUUAAUAUUCACAGACAACGCUUCACCUCCUCCUAAUAAUCAAUGUCAAUCGGAUUGGUAUUAUCUUCCAGAAGAAACAAAAUGUAUUACAUUUACAACGUCACAGACAGGCGAUGUUUCAUGGUAUAAUGGUUAUAAAGCAUGUCAAACGAGUUCUGCACAGCUUUUAACUUUGCCGGAUUCUAUAACAUUUCAAUCAGUUCAGAACAAAUUAACUGAAUUAGAAAAUGACGAUGAAAUUUAUUUCGAUUAUAUUCAACGAGGUUCUUGGAUUGAAAAUGCUAAAUGGUCAAACGAGAAUCUAUGCGAUAGUGCAAGUACAACCAUUGAAGAUCUUCAAUUAAAUUGUAUUAUAUUAACAGUACGUUCCAAUGAUCAAACGUUAUGUUUAAAACGAGUACCGUGCAUAGAAAAUCAUCCAUUUAUAUGUCAAAAGAGAGCAAUGACAGAAAGAGAAUUAAUUGAAAGUACGAUGGAGAGAUGGAACUUUUGGAAAUGUUUUAUACCAAUAUGGUGUAUUAUUGAUCAUGUACAAGAGAAGAAAAAAGCAGAAAAAAAACGACAACAAGAUCUACUUGCAGCGGCUCAAGCUCAAGAAUUACAAGAUUAUCUAAAUCAAUUUAAUUUUGAGUUACCCGAAGAGUUACAAUUCAUCGAUGAAGAACAAGAUUCAUUGGAAACAACGCGCGACGAAUCUAUACUAUCAGGCGUUGGAACUCAAGGUUGGGCGAUCUUGAUUGGAGGAGGAUUUAUCACUUUGUUAAUGAUAUGCAUGUGUUGCACGGCACUUAUUUUUACUUAUCGAUUCGUAAAGCAACGAAGACUACGACAAAAUCCAGCAUAUCGUGAUGGCAUUCGAACAUUUAAUGAAACAUGUACGUCCGAUGAACCAUCGUGUCCUGAGCCACUACAAUGUUUUAAUGGAUAUUGUCUGUGCUCGAAGAUUGGUAAAGCAACUGAACCCAAAACAUCUAUUGCAUUUUGGGUAAAAUAG